GUUUUACUUCAAGCAAUUGUACUUAAAAUAGUUAUAUUGCCAUGGACUGGGAUGAAAGUUUUGAUGCUGCUCAAGCAUUUUCAGACGAGGAUCUUGAAAGCAUCAAAGAGGAUUGGGACGCUGAUAGUGAAGAAGAACAUGCGUUAGAUACUGAAGCUCAAAAAGAAAAGAAUGAAAAAGUUUCUUAUAAUCCCAUAUCUGGAAUCUCCGAGAAAAAAGCAAAACGAUUUUUGGCUCAACAAAAAAAACAAGAAGAAGAAGAGGAAAAGAAAAGAAAAAAAGAAGAAUUAUAUAAACGAUACGAAGCUCAAGCGGAGGUGGCCUUAAAAAAAAGUGAAGAACUUUCUAGAGAGGCCGAUAUUAGCGUUAUUAAUGAUUUGUUUGAACAUGCGACUGAUAUCAAUUUUGUUUCUAAGGGGCCCUCAAGCGUCUCAAAUAAUUCUCGAGAAUCUGUUGAUCUUCAAGCUACGCUUGGAUCUUUAGCUCCUCGCACAAGAGCAGACUUUGAAAGUUUGGGUGAAAAAAUGGCGCAAGUUGUCGGAAAGUACUGUGAACAAGCGCUAGGAAGUGUGGCUGUUGAGCGAUUUUUAAGUAUUAUCCUUAAAAAACUUGAUAACGAUGAGGUUCGUUCGGUUUAUAUGGUUGUCAAUAAUGUUCUUCAAGAGCGACAACGACAAGAAAAAGCUCAAAAAGAUAAAAAGAAGAAAAAUAAGAAAACUAUAAAAGUGGAAAGGACUGAAACGGACGUGUACGCGCGCCAGAUAGAUAAGUUGGAUGGGUUUGAAGAUUAUUUUUAAUAAAUUUAUU